AUGGCCCAGAGACAACCAUUCUAUUCUCCCACUCGGCCACCGACUCUCGCUAUGACAGAACUUGUAAAAAUGACUCUUGAUCACCAUCACGCUGCCGACCUUAUUUCGAAGUGGCUCGAGCACCGAAACGACACUUAUACUGAUUGGUUUUUCUCGCGUCGAGACCAGAAACACGACCGUAACCAAAGGCAAAUGCUACUUUGGAACAAAGGAGAUUUUCUUCUCGAGAAUAUUUUCUGUAGAACGGUUGAUACGGGAAGACUGAUUCCUCUUCGGACAUGGACAACACACGUUUACUGUCAUCGUUCAAUAUAUGAUAGGAAGCGUCCAAUGAUGCCAGUUGUAUUCACUAUGCUCCCAGAACUGAUGUUAUUACGCGCAAUGCAUGAUCGAGGAUGCGAAGAAAUCUUCAUAAUUGUCACCGAUCUACAACGGCAAGAAAUGGAUGAAGUAACCGAGUACUUCAAGCUAGUCUGUAGACAUGCUUUUGGACAAUGCAAACCUAGUAUGGAGAGGCGCAUUCAACUCGAACAUAUGCGAAUCACCCACGCACUACACCGUCAUCGUCGUACUCCUUGCUUCCCUCAAAUAGACCUCACCCUUCGUGCAAUCCUGUAUGAGAAGAGACCGCGUUUUGUGGUUCUUUUCUCUCCUCAACCAACUUCCUACUCGCAAAUCCUCUUCACACACCACACCUAUGUCCCAGACGAGGAAGUUUUCUUUGAUUACCCCACUGGCUGUCCCAAUCCCUGUUGUACGGACAACUGCGAGAUGCUUCGGUUUCCGCGGAGAGGCUUGGAGACCGCUAACGUAUUGGAAAUCAAAAGAGGGGGGAAAUUUGGUAAAAGGGUCAAGCAGAAGACGAUGUGCAACUGGAUAGAAUGUGAUGUUUGUUUCAGUGAGGAGCCUUCGUCGAAGAGGUCGAGCGGAAGUAGUGAGGGAACUGAAAGCUCGGAAAACGGAUUGGAUCCACCCGGGCAGCGUGUCGUUCCUGGUCAGCUGUGCAGUCAAUGCCGACUUGUCAGAUAUUGCUCAUUAGAUCACCAGAGGAGGGAUUGGCCUGAGCAUAAGAAAGUUUGUGCUAGGAUGCAGUGGGACUGA